UGAAGAAAGGAAGGAAGGUGGUGGUGUGGGGGGUGGGGGGUGUUAUUGUUCAUUUUCUAUGCGUGACGCCAGAUUAUUAACGAACAAAUAGAAUGCAUCAGAUCCACUUGAGAUCCACUUUGCAUGCUUUUAAUUAGGUCAAACGUUCUCCACGAGGUGUUGAACUUCACCUCCACGUCGGAGAGGCUGACCCUCCCCUGUGAUUACGCACCACCUGUGGCAGAGUCAGCCAUCAUUUGACCCCUGCAGGUUUUUUGUGUGUGUUGGUUGAAGGGGGAGGAGGGGGGAGCGCAGUGCAAGACUCAGAUGAAAACGCGCGGCGUAUAGCUGCCCAGUUAAUCAUCUGCCCACGCCAGGAUGCACGGCUCCGCUCUGCAAAAGCAGAGAAAUGUUUCCGCCUGCUUGUCAUUGCUGCUCUCCUGACUGCUGGAUGCAGACGCCGACGCGCCGCCUCCGCUAAUUGUUGCUCAAGUUUUUUGCGUUCUUGGCUUCUUAAUUGCGGCACUCGGAGUGCGACGGAUAUUUUUUGUGUGUUUAUUUUUGGGAAAGCUGCUCCAGAGGAGUUUAUAUUAUUAUUAUUAUUUUGAUCUUUUUUUUACAUUUUUGUAUGUGUUUGAGCGCGUGCAGCAUGCGAGCAGAGGGGCCGGAGGUCGGUGGAGCCCGGGACUGAUCCCUCGACACACGGUGCGCGCGCGCGUCCUUUUCUCCCGGAGACAUCCGCGCUUCUCCCUCCCCCCCCUCUCUCUCUCCUUGCGAUGUCCACGCGAAAGGCGUCGUUGACGGACAAACCGGCGAAAAACGGCACGUCAAAAUAUGUGUUGGAGAGAUGCGCCUCUAUUAACGAGUAUUACGAUAUUGCCUUCAAGGUGAUGCUGCUCGGCGAUUCGGCGGUGGGGAAGACGUGCGUCUUGGUGCGCUUUAAAGAUGGGGCGUUUCUGGGAGGCAACUUUAUAGCCACCGUUGGAAUAGACUUUAGGAAUAAAGUGGUGGAUGUCGACAACCUGAAAGUCAAGCUUCAGAUCUGGGAUACGGCCGGUCAAGAGCGAUUCCGCAGCGUGACGCACGCCUACUACAGAGAUGCCCAAGCAUUGCUGCUCCUUUAUGAUAUCACCAACAAGCCAUCUUUCGACAACAUCAGGGCUUGGCUCACGGAGAUACACGAGUAUGCCCAGAAGGAUGUGGUCAUCAUGUUGCUCGGCAACAAGUCAGACAUGGCUGCAGAGAGGGUAGUGAAGACAGAGGAAGGAGAGAAGCUGGCUAAGGAACAUGGAAUACCAUUCAUGGAGACCAGUGCAAAGACGGGAGUCAACAUUGAGCUGGCUUUUCACGCCAUAGCCAAGGAGCUGAAGCACCGAGCGACACAGCAGCCCAACGAUCCCAAGUUCAAGAUCCACGAAUACAUCGACUCUCAGAAGCACAAGUCCGGCUGCUGCGGCUCGGCGUAGCUGACGCCAAAACGCCAGGCAGAGGAGGGGAGGGAGGAAGUGUGGGAUGGAGGAGGUGGUUUAAAAAGGCUGAAUCCAAAAAAGGAAAAAAUAGGCAGAAAUCCUCAGCUUCUUCUUGUUUGGCCAAACGAAAGUGAACCUGGACGAGCUGCCAUCCCGUUACUGAAAUGUGAAGUUAUAAAUCGUGUGUGUCAUGUGCAGACAUGUUUGUGGUCUUUGUGGUGACAGUGGUUUCAAAAUAAAAGCCAGGAGUUAAAAAUAUGAAACGUUCAAUAUCCACGUGCAGAGACAGAACUGCUCUCUCUCUCUGGUGGAUAUAGCUUUGUUUGCCAUGCAGCCCUGAGCUCGCCUAAUCCUCGUUUUAUCAGGCUGUGAACUGAAUCCCUCUUGGCCUUACAGUGCUCAUCUUUUAAUCUUUGAGAGUUUGUUUAAAUAGUGGACUUGAGCCUCUCUGAGAGAAUUUAGGUAAACGAUCCCAUCUGUUCACAUCUGUAAUGCUGUUAGUUAGAAUAAAGCCAAUAUUUUAGGGUGCCCACUGUGUGUGUCUUCAAUUCAGGGCCCCUAAAGUUACACCACCUCUGCUGCUGGCAGAUUUUCCUCCUGUCACGUCUUUGAGUUUCUCCAUCAAACGUGCACAGCACUCUGAACCAUGGCGUCAGCUGUAUUUGUUCACGCAUUGUGUAACUCGUUUCUUUGUAACACUGUUCAUUCUGAAUGUUUGCUUGUCAAACUUGCUCAAUGUCACAUUUGUCCCUCUUUCGAGGCAUCACGGUGAAAACACAAAGUGCCAUAAAAAGUGCUUUGUUAUCAUGAAUAUAAAAUAUAUUUUGUAAUGUACGUGGUUCUUGAAGUCGUCGUCUUU